UUGGUGGCCAGUCAUAAGUUCCCCAGUGGAGAACUGGGGCCAGUUCUGUUUAAUAUCUUUAUCAGUGAUGUGGACAAGGAGAUCGAGUACACCUGCAGUAAGUUUGCAGAUGACACCAACUUGGGUGGAAGUGUUGAUCUGCUUGAGGUUAUUAUACAAGAAGAGAGUUCCAAAAAGGAGUAUGAAGUAGUUGGACGUUUUCCAUUAGUUGACCCUUGGUGGAGAGUUAAUGUUAAAACUAAAAAAAUGGGGUCGAAGUACUUUGUGCAAGGAUAUCCAUCAUAUUUUCUGCGGACUGAUAUAGAAGAAAACAACCGACAGAUCUUUUCACUCUUUCUUAAGGAAUGUGCUGUUCCAGAGAAUUUUAAGGAGAAGUUUUUCACUUGGCUUCCUAUGCAGUCCAUGCUGAGUUUUAGAAAUCUUGAAGAAAAACUAAAACAGUUCCAAGUUUCACACUUACAGACAGGGCAGAAGCAAAGCGGCACCAAGGAUUAUGACAUCUUCUGCUAUGUUUCCAAAUCACUUGCAGGAAAGGCAGUACUGGUAGCUCUGACUUUUCCGAUGAUACUGGAAUUCUUGCCAAUUCUUCUGCCACGCCAUUUUUGCUGUCUGUUGAAUAUGGUGCGUUGGCAAAGAAAAACUGAAGAAAACGGUGGUAUGGAUGGUGAGGAAGUACUUUUUCAAGACAAGAUGCUAACAAAGUUGGAUGAGAUAUUAAAGAAUGAGCCAUGGAAACUUGGAUUCAGCAGGAUUACCUAUAGGGAACUGAACCUUUCUUACUGUGAGGCAACAUGGGCCGCCUUCUGUCAGUGUGAGCAUCUCCUCUGGAAGAUCCCUGACUUGCAGAAGAAUGCAUUAAUUCUGUACGACCAACUCAAGAAACGGUGUAGAGAAAUGGGACACACUUACGAAGAUCAAGAUGAGUUAGCUCGUUUUGUAGCUAAAGAUAUGUCCAUUGAGCAUGCUUGGCAAUCUCUUGAAUUUCUGAAAGAUCAGAAUGUAGUGAUUAGGGAGAAAAAACUAGUGUUUCUGCCUCAUCUUUACAAAUCUGAAAAAGAUAUUGCGAUGUAUAUAGGUGAGCUUCUGUCAAACCGCUCAUGGCAACUGGAUGUUGAUGUGAGAAAGAUACUUAAUGUUUCUGAGACGUCAAAAGAAAUGGUAGAUAACAAAAUGAGUGUUACCCAGACUCAUGAAAUGGAACAUCUGAAGGAAAAUCAUCCAGACAAUCGUAACUGUGAAAAUCACUUUCCUGAAAAGCAAGUGGAGUCUAUGUCUGGUACCCAAAGUAAAGCAGAGGUUGACUUAGAUCAGGUGGUUGCUAUGGAAAAGAUUUGUUCUAAUCCUGUCACAAUCAUAAGUGGAAAAGGAGGCUGUGGGAAGAGUACAAUAGUUAGCUGCCUUUUUCGUCACUUAAAGCAGAUGGAGAAAGAAGUGGAAGCUGCUUCUAAGGACUUUGAAGAAGACCUGGAUGCUUCUGAGGAAUGGCAUACCUUUGAUCAUCAUUGCGAGUCAGAGAAUAUGUACACAAAAAAAUUUUUGAAUGUACUAUUUACUGCACCUACAGGGAGGGCAGCAAGCAUUUUGAGUGAAAAAACUAAACUUCGUGCAUAUACACUGCAUCAGAUCAUCUAUAGUUUUAAAUCGUGGAGGCAGAGCGAACAAGCACAGCCAUGGAAGUUUUCUACUGUGACAAUUCUGAUUGUGGAUGAAGGAAGUUUGGUGUCUGUACACAUUCUUAGUUUAGUUUUAAAACUCUUGUGUGAGCAUGCUCAGCUUGCCAAACUUAUUAUUCUAGGUGAUACUAGACAGCUACCAAGCAUAGACCCAGGAAACAUGUUAGCUGAUAUCUUUGAGGGUCUAAAAUCAAGAGGCUUUUCUGUGGAACUGCGAACUAAUCACAGAGCUGAAUCGCAACUAAUUGUAGAUAACGCAUCAAGAAUCUCUCACCGGAAGUUUCCUGAAUUUGAUGAGGUGCUGAAAGUUUCUGGUUGUAAUGAGGAAAUGACAAUGCCAAGCCCGGAGAAGAAAUUCAUUCUUAUAGCUUUGCCUCCUGGCGGGAGUUGCGAGAAUUUGCAAACUGCCAUAAGGACUUUACUUAAAAAAGGACCAGGAUUGCAGGAUGCCAAACAAUCGCAGUUCAUUGCUUUCAGAAGGCAAGAUUGCGACCUAAUAAAUGAACUCUGUUGCCAACACUAUUCAAAUCAUGUGACCAGAGACCAUAAAAAACGACUUUUAUUUCAAAUUGAUGACAAGAUUUCCUGCACGCGGAAUACGUAUCUCAAGGAUCUCUUGCCAGACUGUAGUUUCAGAAAGGAUCCUGACCGCCAGGAAUGUGAAAGUGGAGAAACAACCCGCACUGCAGAGACUGCUGAGGAGGGCAAACGACUAUGCAAUGGAGAUAUAUUUUUCAUAACAGAG